UGUUUUUAUUUUUUAUUUUUUUUGGAUAUAUAGUUGGGUGUUUACAAUCUUUGUCAAUGAUUUAUACUUAUAAACAUUUCUCACAAAUUUAAUUUAAUUUUUGAAGAGAGCCUCAAUUGUGUCGCACGGUUUGAGUGAUUAUUAAAAUCGCUCCGCGGACACAACAUUUUAGGGGAUGUAAUUCAUAGUCCAGGGACGGUUGACCGAAAGUUGCACUUGGACUAAACGCGGGCUUAAACAUAUUAAUUAACCAGAGAAACAAAUAUUAACGAUUUUUAGGAACUAACAAGACACAUAUUAGGCAAGGUACUUAGAGAAAUCAAAUACGAAGAAAUUCAUGAGAAAGACGAACUUAGAAAGUGUUUACGACAAGAAGCUGCAAGAUGGGAUUGUUUUCUCGGUAGCACCACUUGUAAGAAAGAAGCAAACAAUAAAUUAAAACAACAUAUCAAAGAUUUUCAAACACACAGAAUUUUGCCAUGGUGGAAAGAAUGGACUUAUUGUACAGGUUUGAUGAUAUCUACUAAAAACGAGUCCACUUGGGAAUCAGUGUUUGAUAUAGGAGUGAAUAAAACUGACCCUAAAUUUUUGGAAUACUUGGCUUGCCCUGAUGAUACUGAUGUCAUCAUCCAUUAUUUAGAAAAUAAACAAUACCAUUCUACAAGAGGAGAUCAUAAAUUUCUUGUUAACGGUUUCUUACAUAUUAUUACGAAGCAUGCAAAGAAUCCAACUAUACUGAUGUACAUAUUACGUCAUUUUAACGCAGUAAAACCGAAAGAGAUUAAUUUAAUUGCAGUAUUAGUUAUUCUAAUUAACAACGUAUAUUCCGACAAUUUAUCUCAGCAAAUAUCAAGGAAUGUUAGAGGUAUUUUAAACAAUAACUUAGUUGAAGUAAAUAACACAAAAGAUUUAUUUAACAAACAUCAAAUAAAGGAGAGUGACACUGUGAUAAAUAUGUAUAACUUAUAUGACUACACAUUAAGACAGAUAAUUAAUCGGAACGGUCAAAUCAGAAGACAAAAACAGUAUUUUGAAAUAUUUUUUGUAUAAUCUGUGGUUAUAAAACAAAAUGUCAUUAUUGCAUAC